AUGACUUCCGUAACAUUGAUGUGGAUUGGAGACUUGGAUAAGGAUAAGCGGAUGGCCGGCACCUCUAUGAAGUUAUCUGAUGAACGUUUGCGUCCAAAAUAUAUCGAGCUGAAAGAAGAUCAGAAGGAAAUCAGGAUUGGGCGCCUAAACUCAACGAAUCCUCCAAACUACGUUAUUGAAAGUUGCAUCAAUAAGCGGAUGAUUUCCCGCAAUCAUGCAACAAUUGAACGCUUACCUGAUGGUGGUUUCAUGCUCUACGAUCACAGUAUGAAUGGAACUUACGUCAAUUACGUUCGAGUAUCAGGUGGUGUCACACUUAAAAACGGUGAUAUUGUAUGCUUCGGUCAUCUUAACGGAGCAAACCUUAAGCCUGGUGAUGGAGUGGUUCCUUUUUUUUCCGACCUUAAAUACCAAGCAAGUCAUCCUUUAACUUUUAUUUUUGCAUUUGUAGGACCUACUAAACAGGUAGCAACUGCCAUUGCAAAGGCUCCUGAUACUCAUUCAGACCGAUUGGCCAGUAAUAAGCGCCCGAAUAGAUCUCCUACUGGUAGUAGUCAUGAUCUCAAGAGGGGCGUUGCCAAGACCACUCCCAGUCGUCAUAUUAAGAGCGAAGAUGAGGGUAUGAAAUCGGAUCAGGAGGAAGAGGAAAGUGACGAAGAUUUGAUGGAUCGUCUUGCAAAACGCAAGUCUGUUCCUACUUCGGCACCAACUACCAGUUCAAGAAAAACUCCUGUUUCGAAAAGUAACGGCUCCAAACGUCAUACCGCAUCUCCCCCACCGGUGAAAAAAUCGAAAGCUCACCACUUAUCUUCAAAGAAGUCCCGUGGAAAGGCUUCGAAUGACGAAGAUUCAAUGGAUGAUGAUGUGGGGUCUCCGGUGAAUGAGGAAGUCCAUCACGCGACAGGAGAAGAUGACCAAGAGGAAUGUUCUGCGAGGGUCUGCAAGAAGCCUACUGGUCCCUCUAUCGAUUGGAUUCAAUGCGACAAAUGCACCAAGUGGUAUCAUCAAAUUUGUCUUAGUUUAACUGCAAAUGAGGCGAAUGUUGAAAAGUACUUCUGUCCAUCUUGUAUGAAGAAACGUUGA